UUUACACAAAACUUAAAAUCAUUGGACUGGUUAACACAAUAGCCUAACUUUAUUUAAUAUAAUAAAGAACUAUACUUACAUUUGGUGAUACUUACUUAUAUGUUUUUGUUUUAUUAAUUAUUUAUUUAUUUUACUGCCAGUGAAAAACCUAUAUUAUACUUAGGAUCUGUGCAAUGAAUUACAUUACAUUACAAUACUUUACAUUACAAUACAUUACAUUACAUAACAUAACAUUACAUUACAUUACAUUACAUUAAAUUACAUUACCUUACAGCGAUAAACAGUAAAAGUGUACAGUGAUAAAUAUAUUAUUCAUUGUCAAAGUGGGCAAAUUUUAUGAAUUUUUCCAAAUUUAAUUUUCAAAUUUUUUGGUCUAUGAAAAGGAUGAUAGUGUUCCAUUCAAAUUUAAUCACAAGACAUAUCUUUUACAGUGCUUUAUAUGAUAUAAGUAGUCUCUUUCAAACUAUCAAGCCAAAAUUACAAGACAUUAAGUGUGUUUUAACAGCAAAGACAGUAAGUGUGUAAUAACGGCAGGUGUAAGGUUCUCAGCUUACAACCGUUUGCGUAAAAGUCAGAAGUCGUGCAGAUUUUGGUAGAGAAUACAGGAGCAGUAGGCAAACGUUGGCUAAGAUAACAACACUUUUUUAUAAAAACAAUUUUAUAAAAACAGAAGCUUCAAAAUUAUUCAAAAGUUAAAACGAAAAAUAAAAACAAAAGAGACCCGCCCUAUGUCAAAACUUUGUCCUGACAACCACGUUUUUGAGAUUUUGUCCAGAUCUUAAGACAAUCCAUCAUGUUGCGUUUUAUCAUACAGGGGCUCUGACUAAGGUUGGAAAGAGGGGGGGACAAAGGAAAAUUUAACUAUCAUAACAAAAGAUUUUGAAAAAUCUAUUGUUUUGCAAAAGCAUGAGGGGAAAUAGUGCCAACCACGCUCCCCCCCCCCUCACGAAGGCUCUGUCAUAGUCAAAAGAAAAACUUUAUUUUGAGGGGCAAAUUACUCUUUGUUUCCGUUUCCAUUUAAGAAUCCGUUUGUUCUAUCUUAAAUCCUCUGGGAAUCCUUUGCUCUCGGUUUUUUUUAUAAUAAGUUUUUCAAAAAGUUGUUUCAAUGUUUAUUUGCUUAACCUAUUGUUCUGUUGCUAUUGCUUUUUUCAAUUUUUGCUAGUAUAUUUUUUCUUUUUUCCUGUUGAAUCACAGAUUGCCAUGUCUCUUAUGUUGUUCUUAUUUUUUAGCAUAUUGGCCUGACUCUAUACCCAUACCCUGUCGCAGAAUCACCCCUGAAAGUGUACCCAAGAUUUUCCGUUAUAACUAAUUGUUCCAAGAAAAGUCUGGCAAUGUCCUCUUUAAAAAGCCAUACUUGCAGUGAAAAUUGUUACUGAUUCCCCACCCUCGAAUACGCCAUCCCCGAACAUGUCAUGAUAAGCCCUCAAAGAGGCUGAAUCAAGAUAAAUACCUCGUUUCGGUUUCAGUCGAAGAAAAUAAACAUGUCAAUAUCUUUUGACUUAAAUAUCUUUUUGUUGCUUGAUAUAUGCUUUGCUACUAAAAUUUAAAUGAAUUGAUAGUUCUCCAUGGGUGUAAUUCAAGGUUUUAGGGUACCCCAUAAAUUUUACCAAUUACCACAAACUGACACUGAGCACGAUGAUCAAUAAGCCCAAGAAUAGGAGCAUUCCCUCCUCCUCCUUGCCCUCCUCCCCCUUGCCCUCCUCUCCUUUCUCCGGGAUCUCGUCCCACAAUAAUUCUUACAGGAAUGAGCCAGAUUCUGCACUUUAUUCUGCGGAUCAAUGGGAUAUGAAAGCAUAGUCAAUAGAAAAAACUCUGGACCAUAGUUUGGUGUUACUUAAACCAUCAGUUCAGACUUUGCAACACCCACAGGCCACCACAUGACUACAUGUUGGGAAUUUCUGUCGCACACAAUAACUAGCUCCAGCAGCAAUUGAAAAGGAAGCAUCAGGAAGCAAAUGAUGAUUUGCCGAUAUUUCAAAUUUAUUUGUUCUUGGUGGAUUUAUCGAUGCUCAACACAUUAGUCUAAAUUUAUCAAAGAAUACUAAAAUGGGAGGCAAUCAGUCGAGUUUGAUCCCAAUGCAAUAUGGCUUUGACUAUAUGGCAAUCACUCUAAGAGCUUCUGAUCGCAUUAGACUGAUAUAUCCAACAGAUCAAGAAGUUAAUGCUGUUAGAGAAACUAUUAUGCAAUACUGGACAAGAGGAAUUCAAGAGGAAAAAAAUCUUUUGGGUAAUGCCCAUGAAUUUAAGCUACGUGGCAACCCAUUUUAUGCUUUGACCUCUUUUGAAGAAGCAGUUUGUGCAAGGAAGCUGGGCUGCCAGUUGCUUUUUCGUCUCUACAAUAUGGGUUGUAAAUUGUUGCUCUCAAGUGAUCUAUCAAGAACAGCAGACCUGACAACAUGGAUUUUUCAUAGAGAGCAGACACAGCAGGCCCAGUUUCAUUUUGCUGCCAUUGGGGUAAGCAACACUGACAAGUUGCAGUUUGUAGAUUUUCCUGUCUCUAUGCAUCAGAUGUUUCAAGGUAUUGUACAGACCAACUGGCCCCAGGCUAUACAAAACAUUAAAACUUUAGGUGAUGCCCUUCAAAUAAAGUUACAUGGGAAUCCAUGGAUGUCUGCAGGUGGUGCAGAAAAUAUCCAGUCCAAGACACUUAUCAAGGCUCUUAUUAAUGAGCUUGAUGCACAAAGGUGGGUUCUUUAUGGCAGCAGUAAUUUGAAAGGGACAGCAGAUACAAUAUUUUUCCGAUAUGACCCAAGCGUACCAACAGAUGGUUCAAGAAUGGCAGGGUUUGUGAUCAGCUUGAACAGAACUGAUCGCUUAAGGCUGAUAGAUAGCCCACAAGAUGCUGUCAAUGGUGUUAAAAUGAUGCUGGCUCAAUUUUGGGGCCGUGGAAUACAAGAAGAAAAACAAAAAUUUAAUGCUUAUGAAUUCAAACUAGCUGGUAAUCCUUGGUGGGCAGAGGGCACGGAGGCAGUAGAUACUCGAUUUUUCAUGUGUAAAAUGUUUGAAGGCUUAAUGAGUAUUGGGUGGAGGGUACAAAUUGCAAUUGAUUUGUCCAGAAAGCUGAAUGACAAAAGUGUGCUCACAUUUCAACGAGGACCGCCUAUGGUGCUUCCCAUAUUUUGCCUCUCGCUCAAUUACACUGACAGGAUUCGCAUUAUUAAUGCCCCACCAGACAUUGCACAGGCUAUAAGUAAUGAAAUUAAAAGGCUUUGGCUAUUUGGUGUCCAGCAUGAACAGCCAUAUGGGGCAAGCAUUGAGUUAAAGCUGAAUGGAAACCCUUGGAGUUAUGGCUAUGAUGGUCAUGAUGGUGCUCAUGGGCGUGUUCUGUUGCUUUACUUGCUGAAAUUAUGUGCCAGUUUAGGCUGGUUCAUAAUACUUUCAGCUGAUGUGUCUGCUAAGUAUGUUCAUCAAGACAAGGGUCCUGAUUACCCUGUUGAUGUCCACAGUUGGUGGUUUAUGCGAAUAGGUGGGCAACCAGCACCUGCUCCUUUUCCACAAACACAGUUUGGUAUGGAGGGACAAAAUGCACAGGUCUUUGGGACUCCAACAGCGCAGCUUACUGGUUAUGCAGGUGCCCCACCAUCUUACUCAGAUGUUUCAAAAUAAAUCUUUGCAAUUUACUAUUGCUAUGCACAUAAAGCAUGUUCAAGUGUUUACAUAUUCAAAUAUUUCUCUUUAUUGUAAUCUUCAGACUGCACUGUUCAAUGAGAUUAAGCAACCUAUAGUUUACAAAUGUCAUAUUUCCAUUUUUUUUGCAAUAAGGCUUGUAGGCUGAAAUGGCCCAUCGCCAACACAAUUACCAUACAUACAAGUUAACAUAAUUACAAAUUAACAAUAAAUCUCAGAACAUAAUUACAAAUUAACAAUAGAUGUCAGAAAACAGCCAGCACAAUUAUUAUACAUACAAGUUAACAUAAUUACAAAUUAAUAAUAAAUCUCAGAAAACAGCAAACAGCUAAUACAAAGAUAAACAGAUGAAAAAAUGAUUAUGAGCUAGAAAGUUUACGUUACGAGGAUAUGCACGUAGAGGACUUCCCAAAAGAUUCCCGUGAUUCAAAAGCCAGUGAUAUAAAAUUAGCUAUUGAUAUCAGACAAUCCGUAUCUACCAUUAAGUCUUCUGUUCAAAAUUUCAUGUGCCCGACUUAAAUUUAGAAAGAAAACAGAAAACCAACAUGUUCAUUGCAGAAUAAGAAAAUUAUCUAAAGAAUAUUGCCAGUAUCUUCACCCCUAAUUCAAAUAAAUUUAUUGUAGUUCCCUUCCUCACCUUUGUUUGGUUCUUGCAUUAUUUCCUCCAAGAUAGGAGUGUUGUGAUAAUCUAAAGCUAUUUACGAUUACAUUUUAUUAUGCAUUUAUAUAGAUUUUCAUGUUAAUAAUUAACUGAUGCAAA